AUGGUUACUGAUUGGGAAGACUUAAAAUAUCAUAGUGGUUUCGGCAAUCAUUUUUCAUCCGAAGACCCACGUUGUCCAAAUUCAUUACCAAAAGACCAAAAUUCACCGCAAAUAUGUCCAUAUGGUCUUUAUGCUGAACAAUUAUCUGGUACAGCAUUUACAGCACCAAGAGAAACUAAUCAACGAACUUGGUUUUAUCGUAUAUUACCAGCCGUAUUUCAUGAACCAUUUAGCCCGGUUAAAUCUGAUUUAAUAACAAAUCAAUGGGAUAAAUCAGAACCUAAUCCAAAUCGAACACGAUGGAAUCCAUUUGAAAUUCCAUCAAUUGAAGAUGAAAAGAAAGAUUUUAUUGAUGGUUUAGCAACAGUAUGUGGCGCUGGUGAUCCAUGUUCCCGUCAUGGUGCUGCUAUUUCAAUCUAUGCUUGCAAUAGUUCAAUGAAUGAUCGUGCUUUUUGUAAUGCUGAUGGAGAUUUUCUUAUUGUUCCACAACAUGGAGCAUUACGUAUAACAACAGAAUUUGGUCGAAUGUUAGUUAAACCAGAAGAAAUUUGUGUUAUUCAACAAGGAAUUCGAUUUUCAGUAGAUGUUGAUCAACCAUCACGUGGUUAUGUACUUGAAGUAUUUGAUAAUCAUUUUCGUUUACCAGAUUUGGGACCAAUUGGUGCUAAUGGCUUAGCAAAUCCACGUGAUUUUGAAACACCAACAGCUUGGUAUGAAGAUCGAGAAUGUGAAUUUACUGUUGUUCAAAAAUAUCAAGGAAGUUUAUUUCAAUCAAAAUUAAAUCAUUCAUGUUAUGAUGUUGUUGCUUGGCAUGGAAAUUAUGCACCGUAUAAAUAUGAUUUACGAAAAUUUGUUGUAGUCAAUUCUGUAUCAAUUGAUCAUAUGGAUCCAUCGAUAUUUACUGUUUUAACAUGUCCUUCAUUAAAACAUGGUACAGCUAUUGCUGAUUUUGUUAUUUUUCCACCUCGAUGGUCUGUUCAAGAACAUACAUUUCGACCACCGUAUUAUCAUCGAAAUUGUAUGACUGAAUUUAUGGGUCUUAUAACUGGAAAAUAUGAAGCAAAAGAAGGUUUUCAAGCUGGUGGUGCAACACUUCAUAGUUGUAUGACACCACAUGGUCCAGAUUCUGCUUGUUAUGAAAGUGCUAUUAAAGAUGAAUGUAAACCAAUGCGUAUCGCUGAAGGUUCAUUAGCAUUUAUGUUUGAAACAUCUUUAAGUUUAGCAUUAACACAUUGGAGUAUGAAAUCAUGUCACCGUGUCGAUCAUGAUUAUUUUAAAUGUUGGUCAUCAUUACGUAAACAUUUUACUGGACCAAAAUGA